AAAUAAUUUGUAUGCUUAAAUUGUGUGUUGGCAAACAUGAAGUCAGGAUAACCAACUUGAUGUCGAUUAUUCUGUGAUUUACCGUUUAAGUGUUUUGUUAUUUGUUUCCAAAACUUUAAAUAUUUUAAAAAUUAAGAGGAACUGAAAAAGAAACAAUGUGGAAAAAGAGUCAAUAAUGAUGUAGAUGAGCAGGAAUUAUGUGUUAAGUAGUCAAAGGAAUGCCAAAAACUGAUUUGCCAACUGACAUUUAGUUAAGACGUCACCACCAAAAUGUACAACUUUUUAAAUCCGUGUCUGCUCCCUAAAGUGGAGUGUGAUUCCUUGUCGAUGGACCACUAUGAAGUAAACAACCUGAUCAGCGAAAAUAUCUCGGUUAAAUCACGCGGUUUCAUAGCAUAUUCAACAGUAAAGCCUCCCAUUAACGUGGACUUUCAAAUGCUUUGCUCCGUGGACGUGCGCUACGUGAAGGUGACAAGCUGCGUGGGCCAACAAAGAUGUACUGGUAUACAGCUACUGAUGAAAAACUCCAGUUAUCGAGACUACACUCUCGUCAGUAGGGCGGAGUACGACAAGCGGGGCGUGGUAUUCUGUAACCGUAGGUUCUACUCCAAGGAGAGACCUCCAUGCAACGUGGACGACUACCACUUGGAGUUUUUCAUGGCGCACGUGUUCAGGUUGUUCUCAAGCGCCGACUCCGUCAGACUGACCAUUAAUCGCACCCACAAGUCGGUGCCUUGUCUCGCGGCUGUUGAGGUUUGGGGCAACGCUUCGAGAUUUUGCUCCGUGGAUACCAAAGCUACCGUCGCUAAGCUGUACAACGCGGUGUUCAGCACUCAGGUAUCGGAAGAGGACAAAUCAGACAGUCCAUCUUUAGGACACGACAAAGGUGACUGCGAUGACGAAGUUGCCAUCCCAAACGAUUACAAAGACGCGUUAACAUUGGAACUUAUGACGAUGCCGAUGACGUUGCCUAGCGGCAAGAACGUGGAUCAAACUACGUUGGAAAAAAUUACGGUUAACGAUGCGAACCACGGCAGAGAGCCUCGCGAUCCGUUUACGGGAGUUAAGUAUACGUCAACGGUGAAACCAAUCCUGAAUGUCCAUUUGAAGACCCGGAUUGACUUGUUCUUGCUGAAGCACGGUGACAGAUUCCAGACGCAAGGGACGACAAGAAUCCUAGGGGGCUCUAACACCUCGACGUCCACUGCCAGUUUUUAUGAGGAUAGGAUUAAACCAUUGGCUAACGCCAAGAGGACUGUGGGAACGGGCCGGACUGUUUGCAGGCCUGAAUUGUUUGGCCUUCAAGGACUUAUGAAAAGGGCAGCGCCGACUUCUUUCAAUUCUUCUCUAAAUCCAAUCGCUAAUAAGAGAAUUGCUACUAGUACUGGUACUAAUAUUCCAACAAGUACUGAAACUUUAAUUGGCAGUAUUCCGACUUCUGAUAACUAUAAAAGAACCGUUUCUAGUUCUAGCUUCAACUUUCCAAGUUCCACAAGUGCCAAAAAUGGAACUCUCGCAGUUCUUACCACUGGAGAGGGAGCACAAGUAAAUGGACCAAACAGGGACUCAAAAAGAACUCAGGAUAAUUUAAGCGGGAGCUACGUAAACGAAAAUGAUGAUGAUGAUUUGAAUCGUGCGAUAAAGAAAGUUAUUUCAAAUGUUGUAUCAUACAAGAAGGAGAAUAAAAUUACGUGUGCCAAGUGCAAUGAAGGACUGAAACCAUGGUACAAAGUUCCUUGUGACCAUUGCUAUUGUAGGCCGUGUAUGCUGGUGGUUUCUAAUGAUUUAAAAUGUGAUAUUUGUAAACGUUCGUUUACAAGAAACGAAAUUGAAAAAAUCAACGUUUAAUGUUGAUUAUUUUGCACUGAAUUUAAUGUGAUACAUGUGAAUGUUUAUUGGAAUUGAUGUAAAUUUCAAUCAACUAUUCAUAAUUGUUUAAUGUAAUAAAUUUAUUUAGUUAAUUUAUUUUCUAUUUAUAUGUUUCUUUAAUAAAUUCAUAC